GAAGGAGGAAGUCUUCUAUGCAUGUUACAGCUGCUUUAAAACUAAAGUAGAUAGAUAGGUUCCGUUCAUGUUCAGUUUAGUUUUUAUCGUCCCGCUGUAAAGCAAGAAGUUCUCCUGUUUUGGUGCGUGGAUGUAAAGCUGAAGCUUUAUCUAUUUCAUCGCAUCCUUCAUUAGUAAGCAUCCUUCACCAGGACUGCAACAAGAUGGCUCAGAAUCGCAGACUCUCCAGUGCCAGUCAUGACAGCAGUGCAUCAGAUCACAGCAGGGAUGUAUCUUCUAGUAUGGCCAGAGUGUUAGAUAAACAUGGAUACACCAUGCAGAAAGAAGUUGGACGAGGGGGUUCAGGAAGAGUGUUUCUGGUGACCAACUCAGAUGGAGAUCAUUAUGUGGUAAAACAGAUGAAUUCAAGAGAUAGGAAGGAGCUGGACAAAGUCCAACAGGAAGUCACGAUCUUGAAGAAAAUAAACUGUGGAUAUAUUGUUUCUUAUGUGGAAUCAUUUGAAGAUAAAGACGCUGAAUUAUUUUAUAUUGUGACGGAGCAUUGUGCAGGAGGAGAUCUUUAUGAGAGGAUGAAAGCACAGAAAGAGAGAGGGUUUUUUGAAGAACAACAGAUUCUUGACUGGUGUGUUCAGAUUUGUCUGGCGCUGCAGUAUAUUCAUGAUGAGAGGAGGAAUGUUCUUCACAGAGACAUCAAACCUCAGAAUAUGUUUCUGACUGAAGAUGGCUACAUCAAUCUAGGGGAUUUUGGAUACUCAAAAGUGCAGAAAAGAGCAGAUCCUUAUACAAGCUCAGUUAGAGGUGCAGAGUUCUAUCACAGCCCAGAAGUUGAUCAAAACAAAUAUACUUCCAAAAGUGAUAUCUGUUCACUGGGGUGGGUGCUCUAUGAUCUCUGCAUGCUGGAUGUGUGGUCAGAUAUUAAAAAUCGUCGCUUUCAAAAAGCCUCCCACGAUAUAGGACACCCCCUUCACUUCUCAGAUAUGUAUUCACAGGAUCUACAGGAUUUAAUCAAAGAAAUGCUCAGCUGUUGCCCUAUGACCAGACCUUCAGCUGAUGAGAUUUUAGCAAAACCAUUCCUAAAAGAUGCUCUAAACAGAAACAGGAGAAUUCCAGAAGCACUGGAACGAAGGUUCAUGAUGUCCUUAAGGAUCUUUGAUGAGAACUACAAUGAGCACUACGAUCAUUUUGAGGCCUUAGUUACAGAGUGGGGAGAAACAACAGCUUCACUAGAGGAGGUUCAUCAUAAAUGCACAGCAGGCACUCUGGCAGGUUCAGUGAUUGGAGCAGCAGGAGGAAUCACUGCAGUGGUUGGUGCGAUUUUGGCUCCUUUCACUUUUGGAGCAUCUCUGAUUGUUACAGGUGUUGGGAUUGGAGUUGGUGUUGCAGGUGGUGUAACAGGUGCUGCGUCCAGUGUUACCAAUACAUUCAAACAAAGAUCACUCCGUGAGAAUAUUCAAAGAAUUCAGCAGAACUUUACAGAUGUGGCACCACUUUUUGAGUCACUGAAUGCACUGAGAAGUGUACUGAGAGUUAUCCAAAAAUUCAGGGAUUUUGUCAGUGACUCCUCUGACAACGUGCAAAUGCCAUGCAAUGUAGACAGAAGACGACUAGUGUGUGGCGCAGAACUCCUGAAUAUCGGUCUGCUGGCAAAUGUUGGCAGAAUUGCUGCUCAAACCGCCAGAGUAGGACGCGCUGCAGCAGAGGCAGUAGCCGCAGUCACAGGAGUGUUGAGUGGAAUCCUAGUCAUUGUUGACACCGCAUUCAUAGUGAUGGAUUCUAUAGACAUUCACCAGAUGAGACAGGGACAAGUAGAUGAUCCAGACAAGGUCAAGUCAAGUUUACUCAAGUCCAUUGCUCAGAUGAGGAAAACACAUACAGCUCUUUGCAAUGUCUUAAAGGAAAUUAAAGAAACAAGAGAGGAACUAAAAGACUAUAUAGAAGUUGCCAGGGCUGAAAGAGAUUUAUAGAGAGAUUUUGAGAGUUUAAACAUAUAAAUACGAUAACAGUCAGAGACUCAUGCAACAUCUUAGAUUUGUCUGUGAGCUUGAGUGAA